CCUUAGAAUAUAGCCCGUUGUCUUCCUCGACAGCUGUGUCCUCUAUACUUAUUCACCACCCUUUGUCAAUAGUCAUCUCCAAGAGCAGCAUCUCCCUUCUUCUAUAACCAUUCUUCAGGUUUUGCGAGCUAUUGUUCGCCAACUCUUAAGGCCGAAACCCGGAACUCAUGGAUCCUCUUAGUAUUACAGCUAGCACUCUAGGCAUCACGCAAUUUGCCAUCUCCAGCAUCGUCCAUCUCCAUGAUUUCCUUGAUAAUCUUGCUGAAGCUAAAGAAGUAGUACGAGAUAUUGCUUCCAACUUAGAGGGCGUACAACGCUCUUUGACUGCCCUGGAGGAACUCACUAUAUCCGACCGAGCGACUUAUUCCGCAGCCAAAGUGGAUCUGGAGAAGACUGGCGUCGUCGAAGCCGUAAACAACUGCGGCCAGGCAUGUGCCAAAUUUACGGACAACUUGAAGCGAUGGACGAAACAUUCCGGCGCCACACAACUCUCCCUUAGAGAUCGCUUUUCAGUCGGCGUGUGGAAUAGAGAAAAAAUCCGGACAUUCAGAAUGCAGGUCCAGUCUUGCCAGGCUACGGUCCAUUUCGCCGCCACAAGUACCCAAUUAAUCGUUCAACUCCGCUCCGAACAGACGUCAGAGACUGAUCGUGAGAAACUAAAGGGACAAUUACAGGCUCUCGAGGCAAAGAUCCAAGAGCAUAUGUAUCUUACCAAGAAGCAGCAGGGUGACGCACAAAGCCGUGUGCAAGGGCUGCAGGAGGAGCCAGACGACGAAGAAGAUGGCGGUGCACAGCGAACCCUAGCCAUUCAGGAAGUUGAAGAGCAGACACGCCGCCUCGAGGCUGAUCAGGUCUCUUCUGCUGUAAUUUUCUCACAAGUGCGCUCCAAACGGACAGGCCAGGAUAUUGUGAACAUCAUAACUUCCGACGAUUCAAGAGCUUUGGUAGGAUUACCUGAGGGCGUUGUCGGAAAGGUCAACCAGCGGAUCAGGGAUGUAACAACACAAAGAAACUCUGCUGCAGCUGUGGGAGUGUUCGACAAAGACGUUGACAUUAAGGAUUUUUUCAAGCAAUAGUUACUAUCAGGGCUUCUAGGUGAAGGUUAGUUGCUUGUUGCUUGGGAAUGGAUACAAGCCUUGAUAUUUGUUUUGAUCGUCGCGAAGCUUCCAGGGUGAUUAUCCCGUACUCUAGUGACCAACAUCAUGUAUGUGCCUUCGAGCCGUUAAAUGACUACAAAAAAGGAUAAGUCAGAAGUUAAGUCACUAGCUCUGAUAUGGCUAUG